CGAGGACCGUCUUCGAUCUCGUCUCUGCCCCUCGACUCGCCAAAACGAUUCGCCUCUCGCGAUACGUCUUUUUCCCCCGAAAUGUCACGAUACCGAAGGGCAUAUUGCAAAACGUCAAACUUGUCCGUCGGCGUGAGAUCUAACGUCGCUGUACAUGUAUGAAAUUGUCAAAACAUGCCUUGAACCCUGUCGAGACCCGGCAAAUUGAAGACCGACACGUUCGUUGAGGAAACUAAAAAAAACGGAUUACACAAAUGAGUAAUAUGAACGCAAAUAAAAUGAUUUCCACCAAUUGCGGAGACAUGUCCGUUUCGCUGGUAUCAACAGUGGGUUCCCUAAGCAUGGCAGUAUGCACGGUUGCCGUUUUAUCCCCAGGAGACAAGAUUGGUUUAAGACGCGGUGCUUGCCUGUCUGCUCUAGGAUUUAUAUUCUUUCUGUCACUCUUUGACUUUCUCAAUAGCGUCGCAUUACGAACUCGCACUGGUUCUAGAAUACGAAAGAAAUAUCAUCUCAAGUUAUCGGAUGUUUUUGAUAUAUCUAACAAAAUAGUUUCUGCCGUGCAAGCUGCAUUAAGCUGUAUAACCGGAACUAUAGUGUGCAUGUGGUCAUGUACCAGAUCGUUCUUGCACGCCUCUCAUUUCAUGAGCGAAGCGUAUGCAUGGUUUGGAGCCUCUUAUUUUUUUUAUGACAUUUGGUCAAUGUACCAAGUGCACUGUAAUAGCACAGAAUCCCAACGGCAAAAUAAAGGUAAAGGAUACUUCAACAACCUUUGCUACUAUUUGAAAACACAACCAGUCAUGAUUAUGCAUCACCUCUUCAUUGGAAGUUUUGGCUUCUUAAUCAUUGUAUACUUACGAAAAGGCUUGGGCGAUUGCAUCUUUGGAUUUGUAUACUUGAUGGAACUUAGUACACCGUUUGUAUCCCUAAGAGGAAUUCUUAGCAGGCUAAAGAUGAAGGCCACUAAUCUGUACAGGACUAACGGGUUGAUCAUGAUCCUAACUUUUUUCAUAUGCAGGGUUGCUAUGUUUCCAUAUUUGUGCUAUGUGUACAGCCAAAUUAUUGGUCUCCCUUACUUUGAAGCUUUCUUGGGACUACCACGUGGGUGUAAGAUCAGUAUUGCCAUUCUUCUUUUCCCUCAAGUAUACUGGUUUUGUUUGAUGGUCAUAGGAGCAAUACGUGUCUUUCAAACUGAAGGAAAUCUUACUAAUAAUAAGUAUAUAAAAAACACGCCUGACGUAGACGACAAUAGUACAGAAUCACAGAAUGGUAGAACGAACAGUUGAUCAGAGAUAAAAUUCCAACUCUAAGAUCAAACAUUAUAAUUAACAUUGCAUGGCAGGCAGAUAAUAUAGUGUUGCUUCAAGAUUAAUGUAAAGUAAUUCUACUGUCGCUAAAAAUUGAUCCUUUCGUCCUGUUUUCUUACAAAAUUGUAAUAAGUAAUUUACUUAAGUAAAACCAGGGAGUUUUAUUCGAUAGCUUCAGUGCAUCACUGAAUGAACAUUCGAGUAAGCUAGGUUAUCUAAUAAUAAUUUUACUCUCAUGUAGCAAACAAUACCAAUCGUUACAUCCUACCAUUCUCGUGAUGCUAUUGUUUUUCACAAACACCCAUGCAUUCUCUCUGCCGCAAAACAUUGUGCUUUGGUAACCUUUUCAUUUAUCUUAAUCAUGCAAUAUGCUUGAUGAAAUGAAUAAAACUGUCAGUGAACUGAUUACAGAAAAGGUGGCAAGAAUUAAACAAAAAAAAACUUCAUUAAUGUACUUCCAGUAAUCAUUUCUCUGAUAGAUGUUUUAAGAGACACUCUUAAUCUAAAACAGAAUGCAUGGUCAUUGUCCACUGUGUGAAUGGGUUAACAAAUGUUAAAACCUAUACCAAUAUUUUGAGCAAAAGAAAGUUUUAAAGUAUUAAAAUGUCGUACAUAUUAGCUCAUGCCGUUUCAGUUUUUACGUUAAAUAGAAACUUACUGCAUCCUCAUUUCAAGAUGAUUCAUUCUUUCAUUAUUCUUAUAAAAAGAUGUUACUUUUUGUUGCUUCCUCUGAAAAUAACGCACAGAGCAGUUAUUGCUGCUUUAAUAAGAAAGCCCAUAAACCUACAUACAAACACCUAUAAAGAUAAUACAAACCUGCAAGACCAAAUUAUAAAAAUCGUGUGAUUCAAAGAUUACAUAGUAUCAAUGUACAAGGUGAAAUCUCAUUAUCAGGAUACAUCACGUCAAGUUCCUUUAAGAACAUGUAUGAGAAAUAUAUAAACUACUAUAUGUUCCUAAUGGUAACAGCAAUUGGAGAAUGAUAAGAGUUUCAAAACCUAUGAUAAAAAAGAACUCGAGUGAACAGAAUAAUAUACAUAACUAUGGAUUGAUGAAAAUAUACCCAAAGGCAACAUGUAACAAAUAAACAAUUUCCUAUUUUGCUUAGUCAAAUGAAACUAUUUUUACACCAGUGCUGAAGUGACAUUCUAAGCGAUAACCUAUCGCUGCCUAAUUAGUUGCUCAUAGAUAAUAAGGAAUUAAGUGGUCGAUGAAGUAGUGAUAGAAAAAAAGAGACUGCAUUUCAAGAGCGUUUGGUUCCUUUCGCUUGUGAGCUAAGCAUCUACUUACAAAACUGAACCAAGAAUCAAAUUUAUUUACCGUUAUCGAUAAGAGUCUCUUUGAGUACCUUUAUGACAAAGAAAAUUCAAGUCAGUAGUUGUCGGUAUGUGAGCUAUAUUGCUGUAGCAUUUAGGCCCAAGUGUUCCUACAUAUACGAAUAAUUAUUAUUUUAACAUGUACGCUAAUUCUUCCUUGCGCAAAUUAUGUAUGUACUUUGAAAUAAUAUCAAUUUUAACACUGUAUAAACAAUAAUUUUCUUUGUCUAUCUGAAUGUAUAGUCAAAUUUUAGUCUUCUUUCCAACAAACAGGCACUCACGGUGUUGCUAUCAUUAAAAAAAAGUGCAUUUUUUAUGCGCACAGCUUUGUAAUGAUAUUUAAUUUUUGUUUUAAGUAACAAAAUGUAUUACCAUAUCAUACAUUCUAUGUACUCCUUCAAUUCCUCCUCAUUCAUACUUGUCCUUCAAGUAUUGAUUGUUUAACUUUCCGCUUUAAGAAUUACACUUGAAGAAUAAUGCAGGCUUUAUGAAUUUAUGUAUGUUCCUUGAAUGUAAUAAAAUACUUUAAAAGAUAA